AACCUUGGAACCAGACUAGAUCAGCGUAAGAAGCUAAUUUUAAGACGGAGGUGGUUGGUUGAUCUGGAAUUUGUUAUGGGAAUGACAGGAAUCGCUUUAAUGAUUCUGGAGAAUGAAUUGUUUUAUCUUAAUCAGUUCGAAAAAUCUUCCACACUUUCCUUGAUCUUAAAGACAUUUACCUCAAUCACAACUGGCGUGUUACUUAUAGCAAUCUGUAUAUACUAUCAUACUGGUAUGGAAAUCCGUAUGUUGGACGGUGGUGUAGACGAUCCUCUAGCAGUGACUCCAUUCUGGUCAUUUGUAGGAUGGAUUCUUGAACUCAUUGUUUGCGCCGUUCAUCCUUUCCCUGGAAAUGUGCAGCUGACCUUUACUUCUCCGACUGGUCAUACACGUUUAGCCAGUAUCGACGGCAUUUUGUCCGUCAUGAUGAUGUUGAGACUGUAUCUCGUGGGAAAAUUCGCUGUCGUUCAUAGUCGUCUUCUAACAGAUCCCUCUACUCAAAGCAUCGGUGCAUUGAGUAGAGUUAAAAUCAACCUGUAUUUUGUGUUUAAAUCAGCCAUGUCUGAGAGUCCAGGAACACUGAUUGUGACUGUCAUGUUGGCCAUGUACACUGUGAGUUGUUGGUCCAUGAGAACGUGUGAAAUGUAUUAUACUAAAACCGAGGAAAGUCAGGGGUUCUCUCAAUCAAUGUGGCUAUCAGCCAUCACAUUUCUGACCGUUGGUUAUGGUGAUGUUACUCCGCGAACCCACUGUGGACGCUAUAUAGCCAUUAUGACAGGUUUGUGUGGUUUGGCCUCUACCGCUUUGUUAGUCGCUGUUAUAGCUAAACGCUUGGAGCAAACAAGAUCUGAAAGAUAUGUUUUCAACUUUUUAUCACGAAUUCAUUUAGAAAAUAAGCACAAAAAUGCUGCGGCGGAUGUUGUGAAA